AUGGAAAAUCUGAAAACUCUCCUCCAACCGAUCACAACCGCUCUUGCGGAUGAGCUUACUGAAGUUGAAGAACGACUGGAUCGCGUGGUGGCCACAAAACAAGCGUUUCGUGUCCAACUGGAACAGAUGGAUCAGACACCGGAUGAGACACGGUUGUACGAGUCGAAUGUUGCCGUACAGGCUACAGUAAGCCAGUAUUUGGAUCAAGAUGAUGAAGAUGAUGAUGAGGAUGAUGAUGAUUCGGAUGAUGAUGAUUCGGAUGAUGAUGAUGAUUCGUAUGAGGAUGAUGAUGAUGAUGAUGAUGAUGAUGAUGAUGAUGAUGAUGAUGAUGAUGAUGAAUGA